AUGAAACUACAUGACCUCUUACAGGAUGAGGAAGUCCUAAUCUUAGGCGAUCGAAAAAUGAGCUCAAAAAAGAAUAUUCCGUUGAAGGCGUCUAUCAUGAUCCCAGCGGAAAUCCCCAGCUGUGAACGACCAAUUCUUGCCAAGCGACUUCUUGCGAAAGGCGCCCUCGGCGAAGAUUCAAAAGAAAUAAUUUUACCUUCAAAAAAGACAAUAACCUCAACAACCACCUCAGCCAGCUUCAGUGAAGAUUCCACGAGUUCCUCCACUUCCUUCGUUCCUCAAUAA